AUGCUGCCCACGGGUAGCCGAGUGCAGGUUGUCGCUCUUCGAGUAACAGUUGUAUGUUGAGUACUGUCGUUCUUAGUGUGUUUCGUGUAGUUGUACGAUCAACGUUGAUGGUUUUCAAAAAUAAAAAUAAUGGCUAUACAUGUAAGAAAAUUCCGUUUUUUUAUCGAUUGACAAACCGAUAACUAGCGAAUGUCUCCUAAUAUGAUCGUAAUCUCGAAUCUCUCGGCUUUGCUAGUCGUGUACAGCUUCAUUGUUCACUGGACCGUUCUAGGUUUCAACUUGGAAACGAGAUUACCUAUUGUUAAACAUGGUCAUUAUGGUUCAUACUUUGGAUAUUCGGUAGCUGGCCAUCAGUCGUUUGAUGAACUUAAAGGACAAGUCGAAAAUAGUUGGAUUUUAGUUGGUGCACCUUUAGAUCAAAAUCUACAACCAGGAACUAAUCAAUCUGGAGCUCUGUGGAAGUGUCCUUUAACUACAUGGUAUGAUGAUUGCGAACAAGUUGUGACUGAUGGAAAACGAAACCCUCUCAAUGGACACCAUGACCCUUCAAUCGAUUCCAAACACUUGGCACCGCCUUUGGCGGAAGAAAUCAAAGACGGACAAUGGUUAGGAGUUACAGUCCGCAGUCAAGGUCGUGGUGGUAAAGUCAUGGUUUGCGCCCAUCGAUACAUCACACGUGGUCCUGGCUAUCAAUGGGGACAAGGUCUUUGUUAUACACUGACUCAGAAUUUAGAUUUUGAUAACUGUUGGGAACCAUGUAAGGGUCGACCAACAACUAAUGGCCAUGAGCAGUUUGGAUAUUGUCAAGCUGGUACAAGCGGCAUAUUGUUAGAAGACGAUACUAUUGUUAUUGGUUCUCCAGGAACAACUAUUUGGAGAGGUACACUAUUCAUGGUCAGUAUCUCUGAUGAUUUUUUGCACAGAGAUAAAACAUAUUAUUUCAGUCCUCUAUCUGAAAAAUCUGCCCCAAUUGAUAAAGACAGCUAUUUAGGUAUGUCUGUAACUGCUGGAUUCUUUUUGGGACAACAAAGAAUGAUAUAUGCUGCUGGAGCACCACGUGCCAAUGGAACGGGACAAGUAGUGCUAUUUACUCGAUUAAGACCUUCUGUGAAUCCUAUGGAUGUAAAAUUAGUUAUAAGUGGCGAACAAUUUGCAUCUAGUUUUGGCUAUGAGUUAGCAACUGCUGAUCUUAAUGGAGACAAAGAACCAGAUUUAAUAGUUGGUGCUCCAUUUUAUUUCACAAAAGACACUGGUGGUGCGGUUUACAUUUAUAUGAAUAAUGAAAACCACUGCUUUACUUGUAAUCCACCAAUAAAACUAGUUGGAAAACCAGAAUCAAGAUUUGGAUUUGCUAUUGGUAAUUUAGGCGACUUAAAUAAAGAUGGCUAUGACGAUAUAGCUGUUGGCGCUCCUUAUGAAGGGAAUGGUGCUAUAUAUAUUUAUCUAGGAUCUGCUCAAGGUAUAGUUACAGAACCUUCUCAAGUAAUAAAGGCUGAAAACUUACAAGUCAGCAAUAUAAAAAUUAAAACUUUGGGAUACUCUUUGAGUACUAAUGGAAUAGAUUUGGAUCAAAAUGACUAUCCUGACUUAAUUGCUGGUGCAUAUGAAAGUGAUGUAGCUGUAUUAAUUAGAGCUCGACCAAUUGUUGAUAUAACAACAAGUAUUACACCAAUAGAAAAUCUUCAAAACAUUGAUUCAACAAAAUAUGGAUGUCCCUUCAAUAAAUCAUCAUCUUAUACUUGUUUUACGUUUGAAACGUGUUGCUUCUUGGAAUCUGUUGUUAAGACUGGAUCUGGUGGUGAAUGGGGUGCUCAAUUGCAAUACAGAUUAGAAGCAGAAACCUUUUUAGGUCGGAAAUUUUCGAGAAUUUGGUUUGGUUCUGAUGAUACAUUAAAACCAAAUACUGUUGAAAAUACAGUUUAUUUACACCACAAUAAAAAGAGAAAUUGCCAACAACAUACUGCAUAUUUAAAGGAAAAUACUCUUGAUAUCCAAUCUCCAAUUGCAUUCCGCAUCUCAUAUUGGUUAGUUCAAAAUAAUCCUCCUACUUUAAAACCAGGUGAUCCAGUACCAUCUUUAGCUGAUUUUCCUGUACUGAAUCAAAAUCAAGCUGAAAAAACGUUUAUAGCUACAUUUCAUAAAGAUUGUGGUAAUAAUGAUAGAUGUGAAAGUCAACUUCAUGUAGAUUCUCAAAUGGUGUUACCAUUAACACCUACAGUUAAUGAGUAUGACUUAGUAAUGGGCCAACACCAAGAAGUUCUAUUAAACACAACAGUAUAUAAUAUUGGAGAAUCUGCUUACGAAUGUAGAUUAUUUGUAUCACAUCCUUACUCAUUCAGUUACAUCGGAUCUGUAAAAACGGAUGAAACAAAACAAAUUGAUUGUAAUCCAUUUAAUAAAACUUUGGUUGUUUGUGCUUUGGGUAAUCCAUUUAAGAAAUCAUCUAUUUCUAACAUUCAGUUGAGGUUUGACCCUAAACAAUUAGAUGAUUCUGUAAAACAGUUGGAGUUUACUGUGUUUUCUAAUUCAACAUCACAUGAAGAUGAUCCUCAAAGUCCACUUAAUUUACGUGCUAAUGUGAUAAAAAAAGCAGAAUUAACUUUAAAAGGAUUGGCUCGACCUGAACAAGUAUUUUAUGGUGGUCAAAUAAAAGAGGACUUAAUUGUGAAAUAUUUUGAUGAAGUGGGUUUGAGAGUACUACAUACAUAUCAAGUAUUUAAUUCUGGCCCCUGGAAAGUGUCUAAUUUGGAGGUUCGUAUUGAAUGGCCUUACCAAAUCGCCAGCCAUUCAUCAGGAAAAUGGCUACUAUAUCUUGAUGAAAGACCAUACAUUGAAAGCUUAGGAGGUGGUGAAUGCAUUUUAGCAUCUGGGCAAGUCAACCCAUUAAAUUUAAUUGUACGUCCAGGAGUCCAAGAAAUUCCACUAGAAAACUUCCGCAAAGAUAAUAGUCUAAAUAAUUUGUUGAAUUCAAAAACAGUAACAAGUGAAACAAAAAAUAGCACUGGUUUCUAUCAAAAUAGAAUUCGCAGGGAAGAAAAUUAUAUUCUAGGUGCUGAAACAUAUAUUAAUGAUAAUGGGAAACCCAAAGAAAUUGUAAAAAUGGAUUGUCUUCUUGGGAAUGCUCAAUGUUUCAAAUUUCGUUGCAUGCUAAAUAACUUAGAAAAAAAUCAAGAAGCUACUAUUUUUAUAAAAGCUAGGUUAUGGAAUUCUACAUUAUUAAGAGAUUAUUCCAAAGUCCAUUCAGUUCAAAUAGUUUCUAGAGCCAAAAUUCAUGUUCCUAAUGAAAUGCUAAUGCAACUAAACUAUUUGGACGAUGAAGCUGAGGUGGAAACUACUGCUAAGGUGGAUUUAUUACAACAGGAGAAUGAGCCUAUUCCACUUUGGAUAAUUAUUUUAGCAAUAUUGGCUGGUAUUCUUUUAUUAUUAUUGUUAACAUUUUUAUUAUGGAAAUUAGGUUUCUUCAAAAGGAGACGACCUGAUCCUACAUUAAGUGGAAACAUUGAAAAACACAGGGUAGAAGAUAGUUACUAUGAUUAUUAAACUAGAACAUACUAGAUAAUUGUGAAAAUAGUCAUUUGAUUAUUAAAUCACAUAAUUUAUUUAUUAUUAUUACACAUAAUUCUGUGUAAAUGUUCAUUAAAAACUAUAAAUUUAUUUAAGUUUUACUUUUAAUUUCUACAAGACUUAAUAAUGAAAAAUGUAGACUUAUUUUAUUGAUAGUAUAUAUAACUUUUUUCAGAUGUAUUUAUUUAUCUUUGUAAAUUUUUGCCAUAUUACUUAUAUAAGAAACUUAAAAUUAUUACUGUAAUUUUGA